ACUCUGUCUUUGACUGUUGCCCCAUUCCUACCAGCUUCGAAUAUUUUUUACCAUGUUGGAUUUGUUGUUGCUGAACGUGUUAUGUAUCUUCCUAGCAUGGGCUUCUGUAUGCUUAUUGCGAUAGGCUGGUCUCACUUGUGGCGAGAUAGGCGUGUGAGAGGAUUGGCUGUGGUUGGUCUCGCUCUCCUGGUGACGGUCCAUGGAAUGAAGACAGUUGUAAGAAACAGAGAAUGGGAAUCAGAGGAAACUCUCUUUUCAUCCGGCCUAAGAGUUAACCAGCAAAAUGCCAAACUGUAUAACAACUUGGGUAAAGCCUUAGAAGAACGAGCUCAUUACCAGGAGGCCUUACAGUACUUUCAACAAGCUAUUAGAAUUCAGCCUGAUGACGUAAGAGGUUACCUGAACUCUGGUCGAGUGUUCACCCACUUGAAACAGUAUCAAGACGCCGAGAUGGUCUACCUCAAGGCCAAGUCCCUCCUUCCCCAGGCACGCUGGGGGAAGACAUCGGAAGUUCGAGUUACUCAAACUCAUCUGCAGCUUUUCCUCAAUCUAGCAUCUCUCAUUUCUCGUAAUCACACCAGACUGGAGGAGGCUGAUGCGCUCUACCAAGAAGUUAUAAAACUGAGAUCUGACUAUACGGGGGCGUAUCUGAAAAGAGGAGAUUUCUUGAUGAAGAUCAACAGAACGAAAGAAGCAGAGGCUAUGUACGAACAAGCUCUUCAGUUUGACACCCACAACCCUGACCUUUAUCAUAAUCUCGGCGUUUUGUUGGUGGACCAGCGAAAGAGUCAAGAAGCUUUGGCCAUGUUUAACAGAGCAUUGGACAUCGACCCAGAUCACGAAAAAUCGUUAGUAAGCUCCGCCAUUUUGAUUCAAGAGUCCGAUAUGGCCCUACACCACAAACAGCUAGCAAGUGAGAGGUAAGAAAGAA